AGUCCUUCGCCGCAUUGGGCAAAAUAAUCCCUUCAUUUCUCUGAAAGUAUCGGGUAUAACAUUUCACGUCUCUCCUCAACGGAACAAUUCUCAGUAUUACCACGUUGAAAGAAGUUACCUAUCUGGAGGUGACUAAGUGAUUAGGUAAAGAGUAAGAAAAGACACCAAAAUAAAGUACUGCGGAGGAAUUUCUGUCAAGCUGUGAGACGACGGAGUGAAGAGUGAAGGCGAUUGCGAGGGGCUGAGGGAAUUGUCCUCUGUGCAAGGGACUUUCAUUAGUCCCCAGGCCCCUGCCUGCUCCUGCCGUCAGCAGGGAGAUGGAGAGCUUGAUGGCCAGUUCUACCCUGCCGCCCCUGUUUGCAGAUGAAGAUGGCUCCAAGGAGAGCAAUGAUCUGGCUGCAUCUGGGUUAACACACCCCGAGGGUCCGUAUGGCAGUGCAGCCACAUCAACGACCAACCCAGAGUUUGUGGAGGAUCUCUCCCAAGGCCAGCUGCUUCAGAGUGAGGCUUCCAAUGCUGUAGAAGGCAGUGAGCAAAGGCCUGAAGAUGAGCAAAGAAGUAAACGAGGAGGUUGGUCCAAAGGGAGAAAAAGGAAGAAACCUCUUCGAGACAGCAAUGCACCCAAAUCCCCCCUUACAGGAUAUGUUCGAUUCAUGAACGAGCGUAGAGAACAGCUUCGAGCAAAGAGACCAGAGGUCCCGUUUCCAGAAAUCACAAGGAUGUUGGGCAAUGAGUGGAGUAAGCUGCCUCCUGAGGAAAAGCAGCGCUACCUUGAUGAAGCAGACAGAGAUAAGGAGCGUUACAUGAAGGAACUGGAGCAGUAUCAGAAGACCGAGGCCUACAAGGUCUUCAGUAGGAAAACACAGGACCGUCAGAAAGGCAAAUCUCAUAGGCAAGAUGCAGCCCGACAGGCCACUCAUGAUCAUGAGAAAGAAACAGAGGUAAAGGAACGCUCUGUUUUUGAUAUCCCUAUAUUUACCGAAGAAUUCCUGAACCACAGCAAAGCUCGUGAGGCAGAGCUCCGCCAGCUUCGUAAAUCCAACAUGGAGUUUGAAGAAAGGAACGCAGCCCUACAGAAGCACGUGGAGAGCAUGCGCACAGCAGUGGAGAAGCUAGAGGUUGAUGUGAUCCAGGAGCGGAGCCGAAACACCGUCCUUCAGCAGCACCUGGAGACCCUGCGGCAGAUGUUGACCAGCAGCUUCGCCAGCAUGCCCUUGCCUGGAAGUGGAGAAAUACCAACAGUGGACACCAUUGACUCAUACAUGAACAGAUUGCACAGUAUAAUUUUAGCUAAUCCCCAAGACAACGAAAACUUCAUAGCUACAGUCCGAGAGGUUGUGAACAGGCUUGAUCGUUAAGCGCUGAUCUUAGUGCUCCAGGAUGUAGUGUGUACACUUGUGCAGAAUGAGAAGCUGCCCACAAACAUUUGAACUGAGACGGGGCAGAGGACUACAGAUCCCUCCCUGUGAAAGAAUUGUCAGUAAGUGAAGUGCUUUCAUCCCAGGAAGCUGUGUGAGGGAGCAACAAAGAUGGAUGCGUGAACUCUGUAGAAAUGCCCUGUGUGCAGCUCUGGAAGUGUACAGCCCCCUCACUCUCUUCAGAGUCUUCCUGGAGUCCUCUCGCUUCCAUUUCUGCUGAAGUGGAUCUGCAUACUUUCUUCUGACAACAGCGACUGACAUCUUCCUUCUCUCCCCAGCAAAAAGGAAGAUUUCUCACGGUUACAAUCCCACUCCAGUUUUCUUACCCAGAUGUCACUUUUUUAAAUGCCUCUGGGGGACUGCUUUUCUUCACUCCCACCAAGUUACACAUCACCAUUUUCUGACCUCUGGGUUUUGUUGCUCAGCGGGACUUGGAAGGAGAAUUCUCAUUGGAUGGACCCAAUCUUCUCCAUCACUACCCUGCUGUGACUCCAAAGAACAGAGCUUCUUGUUGACAGUGCCCUGUGGAGCCAGGCACUGUUUCGUGCCCUGCGUGGUGCUCAGUGGGUGCCAGCCCCUCAGCAGGCUCUGUGGUUGCUGCCCUGAAGGACAAUGCUCUCUCCAUCCUUCCUGGUCCUGCCUGCUGAUCUCUGAGCAUUACUCCUGCUCAGACAUGGAAUCCCAGCCACAGCAAGGCCGCCAGUCCCCAUCUGUUGGCAGUGUCUUGUGGAGCACUUUUGCUGAGGAAAAGGUCAUUGGCAGAGAGGGAGGAGGCAAGUUAAUGCACAUUUGGUGUUGGAAAGCAGCCGACAUUUGACUAAGUGGAAACUCAGCAGCACUGUCCCCUGGUGCGCGGGUCCAUGCAUUAAGAUGAUGGGAACUUCUUUGGAAGAAGUCUCUUGAGCUCACAGAAAGGCAUGGUGGACUCCGCUUGUGUUUUGCUUUCCUCUGUAGCCACCAACUGCCGAAUCUAUGAAAUCUGUGGAAAAGACAGCUUCCUUCUCUCCCUCUCCUUACUAAGGAAUUUUGUUGUUGUUGUUGUUGUUGUUUAACCACAAAAACAAACAGGUUCUGUUUCUCUCCUCAGGGUUGGUUCUCGGUUUUUGGGUUGGAUUUGGGGUUUUGGGUUGGUUUUAGGGUUUGGUUUGGUUGUAGGUUUGGGGUUUGAUUUAUUUUUUUAUUUUCCUUUUAUGCUCUAGAGCACAAGGCUAGAGGUGGCAGCUGAGAUCUUUGGAACCAAAGCAGAGCAUGCUGAGCCCAUUAUCUAGGCACUAGGCCACCAAAGGCAGGGGGAUGGAGUGUGGUCCCUCACAAUCUGCCCAUAAGCCAGAGCCCCCAUGCUGUGGCUGCACCACCCUGUCUUCUCUGCACUUCUCCUGUGUGCUCUAUUAGAUAGUCCAAAGGGAGCAGCAGUAGUAAUGAGCUAUGUGAGCACAUUGAAUUCCAUGCGCUGAAACCCUCAUACCACUCAUCACUCACUGCUGCACAGGCAGCCAGCUCUGCAGCCUGUGUGCCGUCCCGGCUCCCCACCCUCGGCUGCUGUUUUUUGCUUCUUAGAUUGCUUGCCUGCUAAGCCCAUGCUAGAACUCACUGUCUGUGGCAGAAGGACACCCAAGCCGGUUCUGGGAGUUUGUCUGUCUUCAACCAGAUGCUUCCUGCCCUUUCUUCCUUCCUCCUCUUAUUGCUGUUUCUCUCUGUGUGCAGUUCCGCACCGUUUCCAUAGCACUGAUCUUCACGGCCAGAUAAAGCUAUGGCUUGGUCCAAAGAUGAUCGAUCAUUCUCCUCUUUACAGAUGUGAUACCUCAUCUUGUCUAGACACAUUUGCAUAGCCAGAAUUCAGUAGGCUAGCAAGGGAAUCUCCAGGUUGGAGUCCUUGUUACAGCAGUAGCUUCCUUUCGAAUACUGCCUCUCUCUCCCAGCAGAUGGGAUUCAGUGGGGAUUCAGUCAGGUUGUAUAGAGCUGGUCUGUUCCACCUUCUCUCACUCCAUGCUCAACACAGAGGAGAGGAUGUCAGGGUGCAAGCUGGCACAAGGGUUUAUUUCCCCUGAAGGUUCAUCGCUGACCCUGCACCUGCAAGCUCUCCUCAAGAAGGAAGCAGUUACCAACUCAGUGUUACACAUUCCAUUCCAUUUUUUUUUUCUUAAAACACAGGAGCAGCUGGGGAAGGGAGAUGAGGGGCUUUAUUUCUGACACAUUUUAGAAAACGAAAUAUUGUGUACAUGUGUUUGGAGCCGUUGAAUUGCCAGGUUUCUGUACAAGCGUUCAUAAUUAAACUUUUGGAUUUUCUCUAAGAAGUUGAUGUGCUUGCCUGACAUUUGUCUCAUUAAAACUUUUCUGUGUGGAA